AAAAGUAAGCAUCCGCGGCACUCCUCCAGUAGGAAGGGCGCAGUCCCGAGAGCUAGCUGGAUAGCUGUGUUCAACAACACGAUGGCUGUAAACCUCAGUAAAAAUGGCCCUGCAUUAACAGCAGCGUAUAAAGAAGUAGUAGACGAAAAAUCAAACACAAAUUGGGCCUUGUUCACCUAUGAGGGAAACAGUAAUGACAUCCGCCUGGCAGAAAAAGGAGAUGGAGGACUCGAGGAGCUGGUUGAAGAACUCAACAGUGGAAAAGUUAUGUACGCUUUCUGCCGGGUCCAGGAUCCUAACUCUGGUCUGCCCAAAUAUGUCCUCAUUAACUGGACUGGAGAAGGAGUCAAAGAUGCAAGGAAGGGAAUCUGUGCAAAUCACGUGAGCUCCAUAGCCAAUUUUCUGAAGGGGGCUCACGUCACUGUUAAUGCCAGAGCAGAUGAAGAUGUGGAGCCGGACGUGAUCAUGCAGAAGGUGGCUAAAGCAUCAGGAGCGAACUACAACUUUCAUAAAGAAGCUUCCAGCCGCUUCCAGGACAGCGGUCCUCAGGGGCCUGUGGGAUCAGUGUACCAGAAAACCAACGCGAUGUCAGAAAUCAGAAAGACCAAUAAAGACAACUUCUGGGCACAAGCAGAGAAAGAAGAGGAGAAACGCCGGCAGGAGGAGCGACGCAAAGCCGAAGAGGAGCGCCAUCAUCUGGAGAAGGAGAGGAAGGACAGAGAGGCCAAGGAGGCAGUAGUGAGGGAGAAAAGAGACAAGGAGAGGGCUUCUCAAAUCGACCAGCAGAAGAAGUACCAGCAGAAGCUAGAAGCUGAAAGUAAAGAGCAGGAAAAACAACAGUGGGAGGAGGAGCAGGAGAACCAGGCAGCCCAGAGGAAAGCAGUCAGGAGAGGGGAGUCUGUGGAAAAAGCCAAUGAGGCUGCCUCCCUCAUCUCGCAGCGUGCUGUGAAUCCCAGGGAGAUGUUCAAACAGAGAGAGCAGGGGAUACCCCCCACUGACUCAGGCGUGUCCUCUGCCGCCCCUGCUAGCCCUCAGCCAGGGCGUCUUCAAAGCCCGUUUCUGUCUAAGCAAGUGUACGAAUCUGAGCGAGCCAGCUCCCCUCAGCGCCAUGCUUCUGCUCCUGUAUCAGCAGGCUCUGCCUUUCCUGUCUGCGCCACAGAGCCUGACGUGGAUGAUGGACAGUCCACGUGUGAGUAUGAGGAGCAGGAGGCACCUCCCCAGGAGACGAGGAAAGAGGAGGCUCCAGCUGCCAGCUCGCACGUUCAAGAGCCUGCUAACGAAGAGCCUGCUAAUGAAGAGCCUACUAAUGAAGAGCCUGCUCUGGUGGAGGAGACUAACUUAUACGAAGCGACUGUGGAGGAAACCUCAGACCGAGGGAUCUGUGCCAGAGCACUAUAUGACUAUCAGGCUGCUGAUGACACAGAGAUCUCUUUUGAUCCCGAUGAAAUCCUCACCGGAAUCGAAAUGAUAGACGAGGGCUGGUGGCGAGGAUAUGGCCCAGACGGUCAUUUUGGGAUGUUCCCAGCCAAUUACGUAGAGCUUAUGUAACUCAUCGCCCCCCACAUCAUGACGGUGUCUAUCCCAGAGGACCGCUGCGGUAAAACGACAAUAAUCAAAGUCGGUCCUCACACACAAGUGGUCAGGGAAAGGAGCUGAAGCAUUUCCUCACCGUGGACCAACAAACAGUAACUGUGGGCCAGAAACUUUGGAGAUCCCUUUUCGCUUCGAGGAGCCAUUUCCAUUAAAUUAUUGAUCUUUGUUAAGCAGCUUAUGGCAAAGUUAACUAGGGAUUUGUGAACCAGUAUUCCUCCCAUAUCUCUCCCUGACCAGUCUCCACAUCUGUAAAUGUGAUUCAGUUUUAACUUCAAUGUGAGCAUCAUUCGCACUUCUAGUUCAUUCCUUACAAAGUGGCUUCAAUUCUGUUUCAGGUAUAUUUGAGUUGUAGCAUUUGCUCCUGUUCAUUUCAGGAAGGGAAAAAACCAGAUUAUGGUACCAGCCCCAGCCUAAUCUUUAGCCUUUUUUUUUACCGGCAGACUGAAUUAUCCUUUUUUUAUGUGACUGAACUCGUAUCCUGUGUGAAUUUCAAACGUGUGCCGAUCUGAUGGAGGUUGACGUGAAUAUUUAAACCAACAGAUAUUUGCUUUGUUCUGGCUUGUUGUGGGGCAAUGCAUAAAAUGGUUAGGUUCCUUAAAAAACUGUGAGUAAAUAGAAGUUUUUUCAUUUCAAGUCCUUCCUCAUAUGAACCACAAAAUGUCAGCAUAUGUAACAUUUCAGGGACGGACAGGCGGAGAAGAAGAACACAAGUCAUUCCUGUUUGAUUUUGACUACAGUCGCUGAUCUCUGAUGCUAAUAUCUUAUAUUCCUGUGCCAUAAUGACGGGUUGUCAAUAUAAUGAUGCUCAUAUGGUUGUUGGCAUUUUAAUUUCACAAUUAAACCAACUUCAUGCACUGCUUCUAUCAUGCAGCAAAAUUAUUUUUUUGUCCUUAGUCUCGAGGUCGGCUAAUCGUGCAAAGAGGGCAUUGAGUUUCAAAUGCUUUAUUCAUUGUUGUUUUUCCACAGUCUAUUGUAAUGCAGAAGUUCUAAAUAAAAGAAAUCAUCAAA